AUGACCUUGCUUUUCCCUGAGAAGAAGGACGAAAUAUCACCACUAAUAUUCUCCGGCCGACCGCCAACAAGAUUCUUGGCUCCCGGCCGACGGAAAAACCUACGGUUGGAAAAUGUGAAGGGGUUCUUUUUACAGGAUCUGUCGGAGACAAAGGAGGACACUUUCAACGUCUUCCAAACCAGGGAUUUCGGAUUGAUACAACAAGAGUACUCGAUCGAUAUUACGAAUAAGCUUCCACCCAAUGCGACACAAUGGGACCAUUUCCGAGCUGAGAUCCUACGGCUAGAUCGAGAGAAGUUGACGAAAAGGUUAGGUGUACUGGGAUAUAAGGUUCUAUAUCUAUUUCGGCCAUCUGAGAGCUGGCAUCAUAGAGGAGAAUCGUAUUAUGGAAAGGAAUCGUGGGAUUGUCUCUGGACACGGCAGGAUGGGAAUGGAACGGCCCAAUGGAUCGAUGCAGAGUUAACUCCAACCGGAAUCGAGGGGGCUAAAUACCUUCACAAAGCGUGGAAUAAACACCUUGGUAACACAAACCUGGCGGUACCCGAACUUUUUCUCUCUUCCCCGCUCAGCCGUGCCGCAGAUACUCUCAUCCAUUCCUUUAACCUCACAUUUCGCAAUCCACGACCGCCAUCCCCGGUAUUUGUCGAAUUCCUCCGUGAAUCCUUCGGCGUCGACACGCACAACAGUCGGCGCUCCUACACCACCCUAAAGAAAAAAUACCCCCUCUUCGAGUUCGAGGAGGAGUUCAGUGAAUUUGACCCGCUAUGGACGAGUUAUCGAGACGAAACGGAUAGCAGCGUUCUCCAUCGUGCUAAAAUAUUCCUUGAGAAUCUAUUCCUCAGAAGAAGUGAAAUGUUUAUAGCAGUUGCGACACAUGAGAGUGUUAUAAAGGCCAUACUUGAAGCUAUUGGACAUCGUCAGUUUUCUAUACCCGUUGGACACAUGAUCCCCGUCGUUAUCAAAGGAUCCUGGUUUCACACUGGGGAACCACGCACCGAAGUCGAGAGAUACAAGAUGUUUUACAAAAAAAACAGAAAUUGUACGGAGUUAGACCCGGUGACUGAUCCGGAUGCCGAACCCGAAGUAGACAUGGACGAAUUCGAUUAA